AUGUCUUUAUGUACAAUCCCACUGCUAUAUCAGCUAUUCAAUCAACCGAGUGAAGGUGAAUGAAUCAUCAUCCUUCAGACUAAUAGUCAGCCCAGUAUGAAUAAACUGUAUGAUAGUGAUCAACAGCAGUUCUCCAAGAUGGCUUCCAUGUUUCAGUUGGAUCCUUCUCUGUAUCUUGCUUGAGGCUGUGUCUACAGUAUGUACAUAGUAGAUUUAUAAGCCUCCCUAGUUGCCGUUGUCCUCCUCUGAAUGGCUCAUAUUGGUUCUAUGUAUUGUUCGUGUUCAUGGUGAUACUACCAACAUGUGCAUAAUAGAUUUUACAUCCAUCCAUGUUUUUAUGUUUCUCUCUGUUUCCCCUUUAGGUCCAGUGGUGGACCUGUCAGCCCAGGGUCUGCAGAAGCUGGAGCCCAGUUUCACCUGCUCUGAUGAAACACACACACUCAUCCUGGACCGGAACCACAUCAUGAAACUGGACCAUCUGGAGAGGAGCCCAGGCCUCCAACAGGUAGACUCCCUCUUACUGGGUCUCAGUGGUGUGACUACAUUUGCCUUUCCAUCCAAGCACAUUUGAUGGAAUCAGGUCAACUUAAUUGUUGAACAUUGUGGAAUUCCUCAGAUCAUUUGUAAAUGGGCGUUUACUAGUUGUUGCAAACUUGCAAUGCACCACAUUGGGUUGGAUUAGUUCCCUCUAUAUUGUCUUGCUGUCUCAUUCUGCCUCUCUCUUUCCUGUGUUCUGUGCUGGGCAGCUAUCAGUUGCUGGUAACCGCCUGGUGCGGAUGAUGGGUGUGUGUCGUCUAACCGAGCUGAGAGUUCUGAACCUGCCCAAUAACAGUAUUGGCUAUAUUGAAGGUCUGAGAGACCUGCCACACCUGGAGUGGCUCAACCUGUCAGGCAACAACAUCAAGGUGAGGGGAAGAAAGUGGACAAUGUACUCCCUCUAUAAUGUGUACAUUUUGGCUCCUGAUCAUGAAAUUUUGAUAUCCACUUUUCAUUCAGGUCAUUGAGCAGCUCAACAACUGUGUGGCUCUCCAACACUUGGACCUGUCUGAAAACAACAUCUCCAACAUUGGUGAUCUUACCAAGCUGUUAUCCUUAAAGGUGAGAACAGGUCUUGCCUCGUGACUUUUCAGAGUUAUGGGGAUGCAGAUAGAAUUCAGGAGCAUUAAGCAGGACAGUUUCUCCAUGGUGUUGAUUGACAGGCUGCUAUUUAUCUUGCAGACCCUUCUCCUUCAUGGUAACAGCAUUACGACGCUGCGGACUGUCCCCACUCAUUUGCCCCCCCAUCUGUCUAUCCUCUCCCUGGCAGAGAAUGAGAUCAGAGACCUCAACGAGGUAAAGACCCCGCCUUUUUGUCCCUUUGCACUCUCUAAUUUCUCUCUUUACUCUCAUUUUGUCUUUGUACUCUCACUUGCUCUGCUUUUAACAACAAUCUCUUUCCUACUUCUCUCUCAACUGCUCUGCUUUUAACAACAAUCUCUUUCCUACUUCUCUCUCAACUGCUCUGCUUUUAACAACAAUCUCUCUCCUACUUCUCUCUCACCUGCUCUGCUUUUAACAACAAUCUCUCUCCUACUUCUCUCUCAUCUGCUCUGCUUUUAACAACUCUCUUUCCUACGUCUCUCUCACCUGCUCUGCUUUUAACAACAAUUUCUCUCCUACUUCUCUGUCACCUGCUUGUCUCUAUUUCUUUCUCUCUCUCCCUGCCUCCCACAGGUCUCCUACCUGGCACCCCUCCAUGACCUGGAACAGCUCUCCAUUAUGAGUAACCCCUGCAUCAUGGCAACCCCCUCGUUGCCCGGAUACGACUACCGGCCGUACAUCAUGAGCUGGUGCCUGAACCUGAAGAUCCUGGACGGAUACUUGGUGUCACAGAAAGAAGGGUGAGACCAGGUCCACAACUCCAGUGAAGUAAAAAAUGCUAACUAUGCAGGGGAAGGAGGGUAGCAUUGAUUGACAUUAAGGUUUGCCAUAUUGCCCGGUGAAAGUGAUCUGAGCAGUCGCGCAUGUUGAGCCAGCUCUGAGGUUGCCCCAUUGGGCAGGUGAUUUUAUUUGACUGGUAACAAACAAAAUGCAAAGAAUUCCAGUAGUCUGGCCUUUCUGUUUCCUCCCUUGUGUGUAGGUGAAAAUAGCUUGUUACAUUUUCGGGCAAGUGAUCAUAAUCUUCAGGCAACCAAAAUCUACUCCUGACUUGCCCAAAUGGCGAGUGCCUUUCAGACCAUAAUGUAAAUCCCUGGGUAGAGAAAUGGACUGGUGACUGUAAGGUUGCCGUGUCGUACUAUGCAGUUAUACCAUCGAAGUGAUCAUAUACCAUCGAUGUGGUCCUCUGUAGCUCAGCUGGUAGAGCACGGCGCUUGUAACGCCAAGGUAGUGGGUUCGAUCCCCGGGACCACCCAUACACAAAAAUGUAUGCACGCAUGACUGUAAGUCGCUUUGGAUAAAAGCGUCUGCUAAAUGGCAUAUUAUUAUUAUUAUUACUCAAUACUAUCAUUGCUGGUCAAUAAUGUCUAUAUUGUCUGCGAUCUCAGGUUGAAGGCGGAGUGGCUGUACAGCCAGGGCAAAGGUCGCUCGUACCGGCCAGGUCAGCACGUGCAGCUGGUCCAGUACCUCGCCACCGUGUGCCCUUUGACCUCCACGCCAGCCCUGGAGACGGCCGAGGAUGCCAAGCUGGAGAAGAUCCUCAGCAAGCAGAGGUAGGAGAAUACAUUCACAACUGUCAGAGGUAGGAGAAUACAUUCACAACUGUCAGAGGGAGGAUAAUACAUUCACAACUGGCAGAGGGAGGAGAAUACAUUCACAACUGGCAGAGGGAGGAGAAUACAUUCACAACUGGCAGAGGGAGGAGAAUACAUUCACAACUGUCAGAGGGAGGAGAAUACAUUCACAACUGUCAGAGGGAGGAGAAUACAUUCACAACUGUCAGAGGGAGGAGAAUACAUUCACAACUGGGCUGUGAUGCCAACAGCUGUUUGAUGAGGUCAGCUAUCACACUGGCAGUGGAUGUGUUCUCCUCCCUGUGAUCGCUCUAGCUAUAAAUCCAACCCCCAUUGUUACAAUCCAGCUGACACUAAAAUGGAUCAAGCAGUCUUUUCUGCUUAGUUUUGGUAAUUUAACCGCAAUGUAUAUUUUAAGCAGAUGAGAAAUAUUAAGCAGAUUGGACACAGCUUGCACAAUCAUUGAAAUUACUGUUUUUAUUGGGAUCCUCUCUCCUUUGAAUCCCAUUACUUAACCAGGGGUCCUGUAUAUAUCUCCAGGCUCCACCAGAGGCAGCUCCAGCAGCAGACCCAAGGGGGUUCCCCCAGCCCUCCCCGCCCCAGCCCUCCCCGCCCCACCCAGCUGGAUGUGGAGACUCACAGCCCCUGCCAUGUGCUCCCACUAGGGGAAGCCAGAGAGGCAGACAGAGCCACGACACCUGUGACUGGCCCACCAGCCAGACAGACAGGUAGCAGAUAAUGAACUCUACCUGUUUUGUGUUUUUUUUGUUUCUGUAACGCCCAUAAAUCCCAGUGUGUGUCUGGUGUGUAAAUCUCCUCUUUUCCUCUCUUCUGUGUGUGUGCAUUUGUCCAGAGCCCGUGACCCUGCAGGUAAACACCUGGCUGGGCUGCGACCCCUCCCAGGCGGGCGCACCUCCUCUCCGUGGCCCCAGGGGUACGGAGGAGCGCCUUUACCUGGAGGACGUCCAGAGCCAGACGGACGAAGAUAAAAUCACCGGCAGCCUGCUCUCCUCUGAGUCCACCUUUCUACCUGUCACCUCUGACCCCGCCCGCUCCGACAGUGAGGACGAAACUGAGACGUUUGAGCCUGACUCGCUGGCACCUGAACACCCCAUCCGUCCCAAAAAGACCCCUCCUGAAAAGACCCAACACGCACCCUUGGAAAGAGAGAGGGAGAGGGAGAGAGAGUGGGAGGAGGAUAGAGAGAAGGAGGAGGAGGCAAAGGGAGAAAGGGUAUCGGCUGACAGCCACCUCACCUGUACCUUAACCUCAACCGCCAGUCCACCUGUGACGGCAGGUGACCAAUCACAGACCAAUGACAGCGCUCCGCUCCAGGGAGCGUACUCAAACUGCAGCGCUGCAGAGGUGAGGGUGGGAUCUAAGCAGGAAGAGGAAGCGGUGGUGAGAUGUGAUAGGCUGGGCCGCUGUGAGUCGGACAGGGCAGCCGUCAGGAUCCAGGCAUGGUGGAGGGGAAUGUGGGCUCGGCGUAGCCACCCUCUGGCCAAAGAGGUGCGGUGUGAGAUCCGCCUGCGCAGGAUGCAGGAGCACAUAGUCUUCCUGUCUGGAGAGUUGGAGAGGUACGGAAGAGACCCCAAUCAAUCCAAGGGCUGCUUUUCGAUUCUCUGCCCUUCUCCAGAAGUGUGCACUUGUUCUCUCCCCCUCAUGCAUUUUAAAGCAUUUGAUUGGUGCAUACAUGGCUGGAGGGAGUUUUCACAAUAUUCCUCACACCAGUCCUUUCCUUUUAAAUACAUGAGGGGGCGUGUAUAAUAAUAUAAUAAUAUGCCAUUUAGCAGACGCUUUUAUCCAAAGCGACUUACAGUCAUGCGUGCAUACAUUUUUGUGUAUGGGUGGUCCCGGGGAUCGAACCCACUACCUUGGCGUUACAAGCGCCGUGCUCUACCAGCUGAGCUACAGAGGACCAGUGUACGAGUGCACACUUCUCGAGAAGGGUAGAGAAUUGGAAUGUAGACACGGACUACCGCAUCAGUGUUCUCCAGUCCUGGGGUUCUCCAGUCCUGUGGUGCUCCAGUCUUGGGGUUCUCCAGUCCUGGGGUUCUCCAGUCUUGGGGUUCUCCAGUCCUGGGGUUCUCCAGUCUUGGGGUUCUCCAGUCCUGGGGUUCUCCAGUCUUGGGGUUCUCCAGUCCUGGGGUUCUCCAGUCCUGGGGUUCUCCAGUCUUGGGGUUCUCCAGUCCUGGGGUUCUCCAGUCCUGGGGUUCUCCAGUCUUGGGGUUCUCCAGUCCUGGGGUUCUCCAGUCUUGGGGUUCUCCAGUCCUGGGGUUCUCCAGUCCUGGGGUUCUCCAGUCCUGGGGUUCUCCAGUCUUGGGGUUCUCCAGUCCUGGGGUUCUCCAGUCCUGGGGUUCUCCAGUCUUGGGGUUCUCCAGUCUUGGGGUUCUCCAGUCUUGGGGUUCUCCAGUCUUGGGGUUCUCCAGUCUUGCUUGAGGCGGGAAGUAGGGGUGCUGCAGCACCCCCUGAAAAGUCGGAAUAAUAAGACAUAUUUAUUUUGUAUUUUUAUUUUUGUAUUUUUACAAAAGUAUUGCACUGGGCCUCGUCCUGUAUAAGCGGACCGGUAUAGACAUCUGUAGCGGCUAUUUUCUGCGCCCCCCAAACAUCUUCCCGCGGCUAUGGCUUGUGGUAUAAACAAUGUCAUAUGCUCAUGGUUGUUCAUUACUAUAUCUGGAUGUUGUUGACUAGAAGGCAUGGUCACUAGGUGAUUUGUUUAUAGACUUGGUGGUAGGCUAGAGAAGUACGUUUCUUGAAGUGGAAGCUGCUGAGGGGAGGACGGACCAUAAUAAUGGCUGGAAUGGAGCAAAUGGAAUGGCAUCAAACAUAUGGAAACAUAUGUAAACCAUGAUACCCUUCCACCUAUUCCGCUCCAGCCAUUACCAUGAGCUAUCCUCCCCAACCUCCUGUGAUUUCUAGAGAAACUGGCAAACAUAUCUCCAUACAAAACCAUUGUCAGGAGAAAGAGCAGACAUUUAGCCUUUUGUAAGCAGUGCACAAAGAGCCUUGUCUUUAGCCAUGCUUCAGAAAAUAUACUGAACAAAAAUACACUGCUCAAAAAAAUAAAGGGAACACUAAAAUAACACAUCCUAGAUCUGAAUGAAUGAAAUAAUCUUAUUAAAUACUUUUUUCUUUACAUAGUUGAAUGUGCUGACAACAAAAUCACACAAAAAUGAUCAAUGGAAAUCAAAUUUAUCAACCCAUGGAGGUCUGGAUUUGGAGUCACCCUCAAAAUUAAAGUGGAAAACCACACUACAGGCUGAUCCAACUUUGAUGUAAUGUCCUUAAAACAAGUCAAAAUGAGGCUCAGUAGUGUGUGUGGCCUCCACGUGCCUGUAUGACCUCCCUACAACGUCUGGGCAUGCUCCUGAUGAGGUGGCGGAUGGUCUCCUGAGGGAUCUCCUCCCAGACCUGGACUAAAGCAUCCGCCAACUCCUGGACAGUCUGUGGUGCAACGUGGCGUUGGUGGAUGGAGCGAGACAUGAUGUCCCAGAUGUGCUCAAUUGGAUUCAGGUCUGGGGAACGGGCGGGCCAGUCCAUAGCAUCAAUGCCUUCCUCUUGCAGGAACUGCUGACACACUCCAGCCACAUGAGGUCUAGCAUUGUCUUGCAUUAGGAGGAACCCAGGGCCAACCGCACCAGCAUAUGGUCUCACAAGGGGUCUGAGGAUCUCAUCUCGGUACCUAAUGGCAGUUAGGCUACCUCUGGCGAGCACAUGGAGGGCUGUGCGGCCCCCCAAAGAAAUGCCACCCCACACCAUGACUGACCCAUCGCCAAACCGGUCAUGCUGGAGGAUGUUGCAGGCAGCAGAACGUUCUCCACAUCGUCUCCAGACUCUGUCACGUCUGUCACAUGUGCUCAGUGUGAACCUGCUUUCAUCUGUGAAGAGCACAGGGCGCCAGUGGCGAAUUUGCCAAUCUUGGUGUUCUCUGGCAAAUGCCAAACGUCCUGCACGGUGUUGGGCUGUAAGCACAACCCCCACCUGUGGACGUCGGGCCCUCAUACCACCCUCAUGGAGUCUGUUUCUGACCGUUUGAGCAGACACAUGCACAUUUGUGGCCUGCUGGAGGUCAUUUUGCAGGGCUCUGGCAGUGCUCCUCCUGCUCCUCCUUGCACAAAGGCGGAGGUAGCGGUCCUGCUGCUGGGUUGUUGCCCUCCUACGGCCUCCUCCACGUCUCCUGAUGUACUGGCCUGUCUCCUGGUAGCGCCUCCAUGCUCUGGACACUACGCUGACAGACACAGCAAACCUUCUUGCCACAGCUCGCAUUGAUGUGCCAUCCUGGAUGAGCUGCACUACCUGAGCCACUUGUGUGGGUUGUAGACUCCGUCUCAUGCUACCACUAGAGUGAAAGCACCGCCAGCAUUCAAAAGUGACCAAAACAUCAGCCAGGAAGCAUAGGAACUGAGAAGUGGUCUGUGGUCACCACCUGCAAAACCAGUCCUUUAUUGGGGGUGUCUUGCUAAUCACCUGUUGUCUAUUCCAUUUGCACAACAGCAUGUGACAUUUAUUGUCAAUCAGUGUUGCUUCCUAAGUGGACAGUUUGAUUUCACAGAAGUGUGAUUGACUUGGAGUUACAUUGUGUUGUUUAAGUGUUCCCUUUAUUUUUUUGAGCAGUGUAUAAACGCAACAUGUAAAGUGUUGGUCCCAUGUUUCAUGAGCUGAAAUAAAAGAUCCCAGAAAUUUUCCAGACCCACAAAAAGCGAAUUUCGCUCAAAUGUUGUGCCCAAAUUUGUUUACUUCCCUGUUAGUGAGCGUUUCUCCUUUACCUCCUUCACAACAGUUUUAAGCUGUGCUAACAUAAUUGCAAAAGGGUUUUAUAAUGAUAAACUUGGAUUAGCAAACACAACGCGAUGGUUGCUGAUAAUGGGCCUCUGUACGCCUAUUCCAUUACAAAUCAGCCAUUUCCAGCUACAAUAGCCAUUUACAACAUUAACAAUGUCUACACUGUAUUUCUGAUCAAUUUGAUGUUAUUUUAAUGGACAAAAUAUAUAUAUAUAUAUAUAUAUAUCGAAAACAAGGAAAUUUCUAAGUGACCCCAAACUUUUGAACAGUAGUGUAUAUCAGGCAAAUGAAUAUGUAAAGUACUUCCAACGAAUACUUUGUUGUUUGUGUACAGGGUGCAUCAGCAGCAUGACGAGGACAGGUUACAGAGACUGGUACAGGAGGAGGCUGUGAACUUUCUAUGGAGGCAGGUCAGUAAUACAGUAAUACACAAUGGACUGACUAUGGAAACUAUGUAAACAUAAAUGGUACCGUAGAUCUGUCACGAUACAACGGGAUGCGUGUUGGACAAAUGAACUUGCAAAGACAGAGGAGCUCUUCAUCUCUUCUCACACGUAUGGAUGGAACCAGAACUUAAUCAAGCAUCUGACCAAUUACUCAAGACUUCAGUUCUGGGUUAACUGAGAUUAGUGAUAAACAAGGUAAUGUAUCAACCAUAUUUAGAUUAAUGCACACACAACCUUUCUCACUCUUCUCCCCAUCUCUCUGCAGCUUCAGUCCAUGCAGCAGUGGCAACGUUCUGUAGAGGGGCAGCUGGCCAGCUUGACUCAGGCUGGGUCAUCUCCUGCUCCAGCCCUGACCCCCGGGCUCUGUGACCCUCCAGCUCUUCGGCUCCCCCUGCAUGUUGCCUUCAGCACUGCAGACCCGGCCUGCACAGACCUCUCCUUUCUGGACUCGGGCUUCCAGUUCACAGGUGAACAGCAGGCGGGGCAGGAAGACUCCUUCCUGAGCUGUGGGACGGGCGACUCUCUGGAGACUGUGCGGGCGCUGGCCGUGGAGGGGUCCCUGGCUCCUGGUGGUGGGGGGGACAGUCAGGACUGCAGUCUUCUGGAGCAGUACCUGUCCUCUGUGCAACAGAGAGAGGCGGAGGAGGGGGGUGCCAGCGACAGAACAGGCACACCACAGCCCCCCUCACCCCUCUCACCGGCUGAAAUGGAACAGCCUGACUCCAACACUCAGAACUCCGCCCAGAGCGAAGACACAAAGCAGCAUCACACACUGGGAGGUCUAAUCUGAAGUGCCUGUCCCUCUCCUGGUCUUCUGGGAUUGGCUAAGAGACUGCCCAUAAAAUCAGUCCACCUGUGCUGAUGAAUGUUAUUGAUGGCUCUAACAGCUCCUCUAAGAAUUGACUGACUACCAUCCAUGUAAUGAUAUGUAGUGGUAUAUGGACUCAAGGAUGUGGAUAUGUUUGUAUAGCCCGGAUGAUUUCUCUCCCUUUUAAUUCUCUUGUACUGCUGCUAGCCCGGAGACCUGACUGUUCCUGCAUUCAACAACGCUACGUUGUUCAUUGUCAUGAUCUGUCAGUCAAUUUGGCUAAUGCUUGCUUCACUUACAUUGGGGCGACGCGGGAACGGCAGCUCCCGACACCCCUGGUUUUUCCCGACACGCAAUUUAUAUUGCUGCGAUUAAUGGUCAUCCGCAGUGUGUCCCGAUGUUAAGUGGUAGCACGUCGGAAGACAAGAUUCUCCAGGAGUAUCAGAUAGAACUACAAUUCACAUAUAAGUGACGUUACCUUU